AUGAUGAAGCCGACACGUCAGGUGACGCCCGCCCUGCUCCUGUCAGUGAGCGCCGCCGUCCUCGGCUCUCUGCAGUUUGGAUACAACACUGGAGUCAUCAACGCACCGCAGAAGAUCAUCGAGGACUUCUACAGUGAGACGUGGAGCAGUCGUUUUUCGGAGCCCAUCUCUCAGUCCGCCCUCACGGCGCUCUGGUCGCUCUCUGUCGCCAUCUUCCCCGUGGGAGGAAUGAUCGGCUCCUUCUCUGUCGGGCUCUUCGUCAACCGCUUCGGCAGGAAGAACUCGAUGUUGGGCUCAAACGUCCUGGCGUUGUUGUCGGCGGCGCUCAUGGGUUUCUCUCAGCUCGCCGGGUCGUUCGAGAUGUUGAUCGUGGGCCGGUUCGUCGUGGGCGUGUUCUGUGGACUCUGUACGGGCUUCGUGCCCAUGUACGUGGAGGAAAUCUCCCCCACGUCUCUGCGCGGGGCCCUGGGCACACUGCACCAGCUGGGCGUGGUGCUGGGCAUCCUGAUGGCACAGAUCCUGGGCAUCGAGUGGCUCCUGGGCGGCUCAUCUCUGUGGCCCCUGCUCCUGUCCUUCACCGUGCUGCCCGCUCUGCUGCAGUGCGCCCUGCUGCCCUUCUGCCCCGAGAGCCCCCGAUACCUGUUCAUCAACUGCGGGCAGGAGAGCGAGGCCCACGAAGUCCUGGUGAAGCUGCGCGGCACAGAGGAGGUGAGCGAGGACCUGCAGGAGAUGCGUGAGGAGAGUCAGAGGAUGCAGAGGGAGAGGAGCGUGUCCAUCCCAGAGCUGCUGCGCUCGGUCCAGUACAGACAGCCCCUGAUCGUGGCCGUCCUGCUCCAGCUCUCGCAGCAACUGUCCGGCAUCAACGCGGUCUUCUACUACUCCACUGGGAUCUUCGAGAGGGCGGGCGUCGCUCAGCCCGUCUACGCCACCAUCGGGGCGGGAGUCGUCAACACGGCGUUCACCGUCAUCUCCGUGAGUUUCACCGCACGAACACGACUCCAGAGAAAACAGAGCAGACGAGACACACGUCUCAUCACGUUUUAUUUUAUGAAGUGUUUUGUAUCUGUUGGUGUAGAAAUUUUAACAAAAAAACUCGCCUGGAUGUCGUACAUCAGCAUCGCGGCGAUCUUCAGUUUCGUGGCGUUCUUUGAGAUCGGUCCGGGGCCCAUCCCCUGGUUCAUCGUGGCGGAGCUCUUCAGUCAGGGGCCCCGGCCGUCCGCCAUCGCCGUCGCCGGGUUCUCCAACUGGUCGGCAAACUUCCUGGUGGGAAUGUGCUUCCAGUACGUCGAGCAACUGUGUGGUCCGUACGUCUUCAUCAUCUUCACGGUUCUGCUGCUCGGCUUCUUCGUCUUCACCUACUUCAAAGUCCCAGAGACCAAAGGACGCACGUUUGAGGAGAUCUCCGCAGGCUUCAGGAGGUCAGGAGGAGCAGACAAGUACAGCGCGGCAGAGGAGUUCAACACCCUGCACGGAGAAGACCCCGACCUGUGAGCCGCGCUUCAGACCGGACUCACCUGGAGGAGACUGGACUCACCUGGAACAGACCACACCCACCUGGA